UCGUCUCCAUCAACACGCACAAAAACCAUCACAAAUCACAUACCGCCACCGGCAAAUUGUUUUAACAUUUAAAUUGUUUGAGAACGUUUUUCUUAAACUUUCGAUAGAAAAUGUCGAUUGAAUUUCGAUUGAAGUACAUACGAGAGGCAAUCGACAAAGAUGUCAACGACGUUCUACUGAAAUGGAACGCUAGAAAGGUGUUGUUGAGUGAACCGUUUGAUGAGGAACGGAAAGAGCUAUGUCCAAAAUGCAGGACCGUGGGCAAAGAGAGCCUUCUAAAGUACAGUUACGUAAACUUGGACGAAGCCAUCUACAAAUGCGAAAGUCCGACAUGUCUGUAUCCAUUCCGCAAUUUCAAAUACAAGAACUUUGUCGACCGUACGAUUUUCCGCUAUGAACGGAUUGCGGAAACGAACGACAGUAAAACGGACCAGAAAACAUUCACAUCACCGACCAAAAUUGAAACCGAUGACAUCGAUGAGUUCAAUAUCAGCUGGUUGGGUGAUGUUUAUACCGAUGAUCUGGACAGUAUUAUAUCCGCGCCGUCGGAGGGACAAAACUGUGAUAUCAAAGACAUUAUAAAUGAUCUUUGUAAUGAGGUCGAAGCUACAACACCGGCAACAUUUAAUUCUCCAGCGAGAAAUGGAACUGUGUGCUCACCCCAAUCAACAGCUCCAAAGCUUUCAAAAUGCCUGCAGCAUAUUGAACACAUAUCGCCGACUAAGCAGACAAAUUCCAAUCAACUCAAAUCGAAGACGCCAGUGCGACGUCCUUUAACCACAUUCAAAUCUACAGCAAUCCGGAACAUAGCGCCAGCUGUAAAAACUGACCUCACGUCAUUUAAAAAGGCCCGAAACAGCAAGAAUCGACAGACCAGGCCAGUUCAAUCUGUUGUGGAACAGCAUCCGUUAGGAUUUCUCGAAUGGUUGAACGUCGUGAGUAAAACCGAACCGAAGCAGAUUCAAGAAUUGGAAUUUACGACGGUGAACGAAUGCAAGGAAAGCAGUGAUCUCAAUACCAUUAACACUGACCUUUCGACUAGCAACGCAGAAACAUCUACCGAAGCCAACAAUGUGCAGCCAAUUCUAAUUGAGUUGAUUGCUGCGCCCGAGGCACUCGGAUCGGAUAAAUUGUCAACCGAUACGAGACCAUGUCUGUUAUACAAAUUGGAUCACAGCAAAGUCGAGCCUACCAAUGAUCAAAUGGAAGCGCCAGUUGCUACACAAACGUUUGAAAAUCUGUUAACCGAAGAUCGUGCUCCGCCAGAAAAUAUGUCAUCCGAAGAUCAUGUCAUGACUCAUGACUCAUCGCAAGAUCAUAUCAUGCCAAUUGAAUCGAAUGUUGAACGUUCAAGUUUUGUCAGCGAAGAUAGUCAGUCCACCGAUUCUAAAAUCAUCAAUACCGAAUGGGGAACCGACAUCAACCUGUGUGGACAGGAUCACACUGCAACAAAUAUUGUGCCUACAAUGCCAACAGCAAAGAGUAAACGCCAAGACAAACAGAAACUGAAGAUUGAAAAGGAAAAACUGAAAUUGGAACGGAUGGAAAAACAGAAAUUGGAAAGGAAGAGAAAACGGAAAUUAGAACUGCAGGAAAAGCAGAAGACGGCAGCUGAUCUAAGAAGGAAAAAUUUUGGACGAAAAACCUUCAACAUUGAAGUCGAAGAAAAUUUCUUGGGCUUCGAAGCAGUGGAACCAUUCACACCUAUGCCAUUGCGAAAGAAAGAGUUGAUUUGGCUUAGGCUUGAAUAAAGCGCUGAUACAAUUU